AAUCAUUCAAGCGGAAAUACUGGCAAAAAGACGAUCACGCAUAAGGGCUCAGUACGGGAAAUUGCAAGGCGGACGAAGGAAAACCAAUAUUUUCGAAAAUCGGCAUUAAUUUGAAAGUUCAGAUAUACUGUUUCAGCUUGCCAUUUUUAAUUCGAAGAUUUUAAGCUUUAAAUUGUUUUGGUAAAUGGGGUUUUGAUAUUUUUAAAAGAAUUUUUCUUGCUGCGGCGUUACAUCAUUGGUUUUAAGAUCUCAAGUUCAGUAUGAGGCUGGCCAGAUGAACCUAAAAUGUCGGCAAAAUUGUUUGUAUUCGCAACAUUGGCCUAGUAACGCUAAAGGAAAUUUACAAAUGGAUCAUUGACAAAUUGGGUAGCUUUUGCUGUGGCUUGUUUAUGGAAAGAAUAAAUAAAUAACGCCCAUACAUCAUGCCUUCACGAAAAUCAAAAGAGGACACUUGGAAGGAAAGUGAACUUUUAGAUGCAAUUCAGGGACAAGAAAAGAAGAAAAAGUCAUCUUCAAAAAGUAGCAAAAGUGGUGAAUCAUCGAGGCAUGGUACGAGGGAUGAUAAAGAAAAACAUAGACGAAGUGAAGCUAGUGGAAGUCAUCGAAAGGAUUCUGAUCGCAAAGAAAAAGACAGGGAUAGAGAAAGGGAGAAGGAAAGGGUGAGAGAAAGGGAACCAGUUGAUGGUCAUGAAGGAAGUAGACAGAAACCCAAAGAAGAUGGAAAAAGGAGCCAUAAGGAAGAGAAAGAGAAGUCAAGUAGAAGAAAGGACGAAAAAUUGCGAACCGAGAGUGAAGAUGGCAGAUCCAGAACAAAAGAAAGAGAGAGAAGUGAUGGCAAGGACAAGGAACGUAGAAGAGACAAGGAGGAUGCAAGAGAGAAGGAGAAACGAGAUGCCGAUAAGAAGGGUAGGAGAGAGAAAGACAGGGAUGGAAGCGAGAGGAAGGAAAGAAAGGACCGUGAAAAGGAUGGGGACGAUGGCAAGGAAAGGAGAAGGGAGAAAGACGGUGAAGGCAGUAGGAGUCGACAUAAAGAAGAUGGGGAAUCUAAAAGAAAGCACCAUAAGUCGAAAAGGGAAGAUAAGGAACGCGAAGAUUCAAGAGAAAGCAGCAAGCAUAGGAGCAGCAGUUCUUCUAAGGAUGGGAAAUCUUCUAAAGACAGAAAAGACAGGCAUAAAGAGAAAAAGGAAAAGCGAAAGGAUGAAAGUGAAGUGAGGUAUCAUGAAAAUGAACCCAGAGAAGACAUGGGUAGGACUGAAAGAUCAAAAGAAAGGAAGAGCCGGGAUUUGCCUAGUGUUGAUGAAAACGAGCCACAGGAAAGUCGUCAGAAUGAUCGAAAGACUGAAAAGGACAACCCUACUGCUGGUCAUGGACCGAAAUUUCGAAAAGCUUCCAUUGAUAAACAGAAUAGCUACGAAGAAGAAAUCGAGGACCAAAGCCGAAGAAAAGCGAGCAUCGCAAGACGGAAAUCUUCGAUUCUUAAUUCCGAUGAAGUGAAUGAAGAAGUCAUUGAUGACAAUGCUUACGACUAUGGUGAUGACGAUUUUGAAGAUUAUGAUGAUGAUGACUUUGAAGAAGAUGAUGGCGAUGAAGAUGAAGGAGGCGACGAACUCAAUUUCACCAACGAAGAACUUGAGGGUGUUGACGAAAUACGCAAGGCGAUGAGGGAAGAGAACCAGUUGGCGGAAUCACAUAACAGUAGCCGCUCUUCAAGUCGCCCUUCUACAAGAGAUGGCGUUCAAGGUCGCCUCGGAACAUCCAGCUCAACGUCUGUCGCAAAGACACAGCCACGUGGAAAGAUAAACUUUAUCGCAGCUAAGCAGAAGCAAAUCAGUGACAAAGUUGCCAGCAAAACAAGACGAAGAGGAAAGGAGCUGAGCAAGCUUAUCGAACUUGAUGUAGUAGCAAUGGAUCUGUUUGAGCUGCAGCCACUCAACAUAUAUGAAGUAUACAUGAAAAGCUUCGGAAGGACCAAUACAGAACAGGUUGCUGUGCAGACAAACGAAGACUGCCUCGAACAGGAAACGCAAACUGAGGAGAUUGAGGCUGAAGCAAAAUGGUGUCAGUUUUCAAACGAAGUCCAGUCUUUCGGAGGUGAAAAUGAGAAUUCAUCAAAGGCAAACACUACUCAGUCUUCAACAAUGAGCCAUGACACAAAAAGGCUCAACAAAUUUUUAAGUAAAGCAACACAGCUUUGCAUGACAUUGUUAAAUGAGAUGGCAGACAAUGAAGAUAAAAUCUCCGACAGAUACGAGCAAUCGGAAAUGAAGUUCAGUGAAAGGUUUUUAAAGUUAGAUUUGAAAAGUCAACUUACUAACGGUAGGCAAUUUGUAAAUACACACACUUCAAAUGCCAAUCUUUUUCUCACUGCGCAUGGCAAAAGUAGUCUUGAAAAUUCGACAAUAUCUCCAGAUGGUGUAAUAUGUGUUUGGAAACUUAACAACUCAACAGAACCUCAGAUGUACUUGUCUUGUGGCUCCACUCCAAAAUGUUGCUGCUUUAGUCCAAGAAAGCCAUCAUUUGCUUUCGCAGGAAUGGAAGAUGGCUCGGUUUCGGUAUGGGAUUUAAGAGAGCCAAGCUCGUUACAUAACCGAAAGAAGCUCGGCGAAAAGGAGAUCGUUUUGAGAUCUGAAACAUUUUCAACAGCUUCAGUUUAUGGUGAUGAUAGUCAUAGUAGCUCUGUGGUAUCAAUCGAAGCAAUAGCUCCACCCGAGGAAAGCAGUGCUUCUGAUGGAAAUUCCAGUGAUUCAAUAGCAGCAGAAACUGGAGGAACGUUACAGUUGGCUUCUUUAGAGGAAAAUGGAACAAUUAACAUAUGGGUCGUUAUUGAAAUGUUCUCCCCAGAUCCUGGUGGCUCUCAGCAGGACCUAGGUCUACUUCCUGGAGGAAAAGUAAAGUUGGUCAAGAGUGGAUCAAUAACACUUCAGUUACCUAGAAGAUUGAUAGACCCCAGUCAAAAGAUUGCUUUCAUUGGCACAGUGCUUCAUGUAGAACCCAACCAUGGCAAAUCACUGUAUAUUGGAACUGAACAAGGCGUGGUUUUACAUUCAAGCAGAUUUGGUGACAAAGUCACACCAAAAGCGUUCUACAUUUCUGACAAAGAUACACCUCGCAUGGUUUCAUGUAUAGACCACGCUUAUUGGAAAAUGCCCUACAUGUUGAUUGGAUGCACCGAUGGGUCAAUUGCACUUCUCAACACUGAAAAAGAGUAUCCAAUCACGACUUGGGAAACAUUUGGCCAAGGAGCUGGGAUCCUGCGUGUCAAAUGGCUGCACAACAAACCUAGUGUGUUUUGCACCUUAGAUAAAAAUUCUGUUUUCUGCGUUUGGGAUUUGCUUAAAUCUGAUGCGUCACCGAUUUUCAAAGAAACGCUGAGGAAAAGUUCAAAGGCAAAGUCGCUCGACUUUUCACUCCUCGGAGAUUCUUCUGAUAAAAAACAGCAAGUGGUUGUUUUCUUUGACGACAAUACGGCUGAAAUUCAUAAACUUGCUAAAUCUCUUUGUGGCAACUCAAAUUCAGAUACAAACGAGAUUCUGUCUCGUUUCGAAGACAUCUCAUGAUCUGCGCACAAGAAUUUGGUAGUUCAUGAACACUUAAUGUACAGAAAUGUGUUUGUAAAUAUUACAGCAUGGUGAAAGAAGAAUUAAAUUAUUGUUGAAAUUUUGAAGUAGUUAUCAGUCCAAUUCUCUGGGUCAUUUUUGUUGAAACAGUACCUUGGGUUCCGUCUGCAGAGCACGUGACCUCACUUUGCCACUCGGUUGGAUGAUUUGUAUUUUUACCGAUACAAACAAUAUUGACGUCAUCGUUGAACGUUGGUCCAAUAUCUUUUGGCUUAUUCAAAAGAAAAAGGCUCUUUUGCGUAAUAAACAGCUGUCCGCAAGAUUUUUCCCUUGGCUUAUGAAAGAGUUUCGAAAUUGUCUGCAACUCGCGAUUCACCUUUACUCGAUGAUCUUUUUUUAGAUAAUUUGAAGCUCGAUUGCUCUUAAUUCUAUUUUAAUUCCAACAUUGAUUCUUCUAAAACUACAUUUUGCUUUUGAGACGGCUAAAAGCUAUUUUGUAUGACAUUUUCAGUAGCGCAGAUUGUAAGCAGAUAAAAUUCCUCCGCUUUCUUACCGCUAGAGACAAUUUUCAAAAACUAGCGUUUGCUUCUAACCUUUGUUGCUUUGUUUGUUGCUUUUACCAAAUAUGGAAUUUUCUCGAACCCAGCCUCCGUAACUGUAUCAUUUCGGGCGCUGUAUUUGGGAAUACACAUAGGGCUUUGUCCAAAGAAGAUGCUACCUUAACCUGUUUUAUACAAAGACUAAAGCAUGCCUAAAAAGUUAACAGCGUUACUUUUAGCAUUUGUUACCAUGUUUCAUCUUUUGUAUUACGUGAUUUUAUGCAGGCUACACGGAUCCAUAAGUGCAGGAUUAUAAAAUGAUUGAAGAUGCUUUAGAACAGUAUUUGCGAACAUAAGUGGGAAUUUUCCUUGAGGUGAAAUAUACAUCUGGGCAAAUCUCCUUGGAAGCGAGGUCGUGACCUUUCAUUGAACUUAUAAUUGAAAAGGCUUCAUCGUAAGAAAGAGAGAAGCUGCUUUUAUUGACAAAAGUGAUCAUAUUAUGAUUUUUUCUUCAGGGUCUUAAUACAUUUAAGAUUGCCUGACAUAAGUGAAUACCGAAAAUCUCACGAAGAUAUAUUUCACAUUGUUAUUAAGCUGUCUCUCUUUGGAUCGAGAUGACUGCUUUGUGCUCUUUUUCUAAAUGGCUUUGUUGACAGUGUUGACAAGAAUCUUAACCCAGUCUACAAUGGCAUUCACGUUGUCUAAAACACAACCGGCAUUUCUUGUAACAGUCACGUAAAUGCAGCAUGGACUGAAUUUUUGCCGUGUUUAAGCCUUUAUCGAUAUUAAGGUACCAAUCACUUUUUCAUUGAACAAUCAUCAAUCUCAAAAUAUCAGUUUAUUGUUGUUUAAAUAGGAAUGCAACUAUAUGCCUAAAGCAGCAUUUCAGAUUUAGUAUCCAUUGCUUGCUUACGUGGCUAAGGCUCUAUUUCUCAAAAAUCUUUGAAAAUCACUAAUUAACGCGUGCAUUUUUUGAAUGGAAAAAGACAGUCUUAAAGUUGCUGUCCUUGACAACACUUGCGUGCUUAAAGUAGCUGUCCUUGACAACACUUGCGUGCUUAAAGUAGCUGUCCUUGACAACACUUGCGUGCUUAAAGUUGCUGUCCCUUGACAACACUUUGCAAGUUACAAUUUAUGCUCUUGCAUAGCAGAUUCAUUUGAAUAUCUAAAUUGGUCUUUUAUCUCUUUAUAGUAAGUAAUAAGCAGCAGUGGGACAUGAGGGUUCACUGUUAAAUAUGUUCCAAGAACUUGGUGCCGCUGUCGAUUUCAUUUUUUCAAUAAAAGUACCCAUACAUUGUUCAAAUCAGCCUUGCAGAAUCAUCGUCUUUUUGGUAGACUUCAAAGUAGAAGAUAACAUUAAAGAUGGAAAAGCAAGUAAUAAUGCCUUUGAAAAUCUUUCUUUCGAGAGGAUAAGAGAUUGGUAAACAAUUUGUGACUGAUUGUGCCUUCAAGGAUGAAGCCAAAAAACAUUUUUCAGAGGAGUAUAGAAAGUUCCACGUGCUUUCGUUGCUGAUUGGCCUAUUUCAAUCCACAACUGGGUAUGUAUAUUACCUAUCGUGGUGUUUUGAUAUGUUCUGACGCUUUAUUCUCUGAAGAGCGUCAGACGAAAAGCUUAAGUAUGUUCUAAAAUGUUUGUUUUUUUCAAAGCCAUUUUUAAAGUUCAACUACUACAGAAAUUUUAAUACGUUACAAUUGUUGAAAAGGAUAACAGGGUUCCUUUAUUUUGCCUAGCAAUGUUCCUUUAUAAGCCGACGGGAAAGUGUUGGAGGGUACAACGCCCUUCCCCAGGUACCUCCCCUUUGGCGAUGCCUCUGCCUCAAUUUUUGCUCAUUACAAAUUUGACCCUUCUUCUAAGCAAAUAAAAGCACUUUGUUAACAAAAUAUCAAACAGACUGGAGUACUAAGAAAACUUAAUACUUCUUCUUCAAACUUUAAAAAAUAAUUUUAAAAGAGAGGUAAGAAUAGCAAAUGCCUCCUCUUGGCCCAACAGUGUUUUGCCGUUAUCGUUCUGUCUGAUUAUUUACAAUAAACUGUGGUAUGUUUUUCUUUCUGCCCGUUAAAAACAGACCCUACCUCUGUUAUCAAGGCGUUGUCAAAAAAGAUUUGAACUAAGAAUUCUUUCCUUGAUUAGAGAAGCAGACAGCAGAUCUAAUGCUGAUAAAGUUGUUGUUGUUUAUUUAAGAUCGUGUAAUAAGAAGUUAAGCCAUUAUCUUGGAAUAUCGAAUACACUUCUUUUUAUAAGAACACGGGCCUCAAAAUUGGUCAAAAGUUUAGAACAAAUUAAGAACAAGCUGAGGCUGAGCUACUGUAAAAUGUAACUUUGAACAACGUUUUAUCUCAUAAACGAGGAUUUUUAGCCAUGUUUGCGUGCUUUUUUGGUGAAUACUCAAACUUGUUGGCAAAUGAAGCCUGAACACCUCCCUAGAGCGAAGAAGCUAGCAAUCGCACUGCUUACACCCUCUUAAUUUAAGAACAAAUCAAGAACAAUCCAGCCUCAAAUUAUCGAAAAGAUUAAGAACAGUCAGCCCGAACCUAAAUUUACUGGUUCUUAUAAAAAAGGAGUAUAGCUUUGCCUGUAGCGAAUUGACCUAGUGUAUCGGAGGCUUGAUCUGGCUAUGACUUAUUUCAUGGCCCUGACUAUUACUGCAGGGUAGAGGAGCUUAUUCAUAUUGCCGAAAAUAAGAACUAGAUUUGAGUUUAUAGACAAGAGAUUUUCUUAUGAAUGGGACAUUUACUUUCAACAAAACAUUGUAAAUAUUUGAUCCUACUUAUAUUUUGCAGCUUUACUUCUGGAAUUAUAUGUUCUUCAUUCGUAACAGUCACGGCAGAUGCCUCAUCUAUUGCUAAUAGAUUUUUAUGACGUCAUUCUUAAAAGAUAUGUUCACGUUACAUACGAGGUAUGAGAUAUUCGAUCAAGCACAAAUACGUGGGUUUUUCGAUAAUAGGAGUUAGUUUGCAUCAGAAAUUGUUUUGAUACGGGCACGCACACUAAGGUACUUCCUACCUUAGUGUAGGGAGAAUAGGUACACUAAGGUACUCCCUACUAAGGUAGGGAGUAUUUGAGCACGGGGACUGAUUCAAGAAUUUGAGAAAAAUUCUUAUCUUCUGAGAAGAAUUUGGAGGAUAAUGUGACAAUAAAGUUAGUGAAAGCAGUGGAGCUUAGUGUUUUUGUUAUGCCAGAAAAUGAAUUGAAAUCAGGCCUAUUAGUAAAGAAAGCAUGUUAAGUUUUGGUCCAUGCUCGAAUCAACAGCCGAGCUAUAAUAAGCCCUAUUUUAUCUAGAACAACAUGCUUCAAACUUGACGUUCUCCAUCCAAAACUUUGACGUAGAAUCCAAAGCAAGUUUAGUAAGUAAAAGGGCAAACAGCGAAAUAAGGUAAGUGCAAACAGCAAAAAUUGCACCUACGUUUUGAGGUAAUUGCACCUUAGUAAAAAAGGAUAGCCUCCCUUUCUUAGCCUCCCUUUCUUAGCCUCCCUUUCUU